AUGGGUAAAGGUGAUAUGGAUGUUAGUGAUGAUGAAAUAAAUGGAGAUAGUUCGACGGAUAAUGAAGGAGAAUAUGAUGAUAAUGAAGAAGUAGAUGAUGAAAGUCAUCAGCAAGAUGAUGAUGAACAAAGCGAAGAUGAGAUGCUUCUUGAAACCAGUUAUCAAGAAGAACAAGCAAUGGAGCAGCUAUCUGCUGUUUUUAAAUUAUUAAAGAUAAAUCCAGUCCAUGAUAAAUUAAAUACUCGCUCGAUUCGUUCUAAAAUUGAUGAAGUUUAUACAUAUCUUCAUGGUUUAUGUGAUAUACUCGAAGGAAAAUCCGCACAAGCAAACAAUCCAAAUCCACAUGGACUUCUUGUUCAAGAAUCCAAUGAUCUUCUGACGGGUUUAAAAGAUUUAUUCAAUGAAAGUGAUGUUUCAGAACAAAUUCGUCUCUUAACCAUUGCACCAAAGGAGUGGGGUCACGAAAAAGUUCGUAAAUGGUUUGGAUCAACUCAACAUCAAGCUCGUCAAUCACUUAUACUUUGGCAGAACGAAGGUGUUCUUGCUUUUCCUCAGUAUUUCAAAGGCAACACAUCAAUUUCUAACGAUACGAUUACUAGUAUAAUCAACUUCUAUCGCGAAGAUGGUGUUAGCCGUGUUUCAUCAAACUCAAAAGAUACUAUUCAAAUUAAUCACAAUACAGUACCUAUUCGUUAUAUGGAGAUGAGUGUUUUAGAUGCUUUUCGUAUAUUUGAUGAACGUUUUCCUGGUUUAGUCGGUCGUACAACAUUUUAUUCAUCACGACCUCGCGAUGUAAAGAUUCUGGCACCGCAUGAUACAUGUAUGUGCAUCAUACAUGAAAACAUGAAUCUUUCGAUCAAGGUACAUUUUUGUGUACUCAAAAAGUGAGUACACUACUAAAAUCGGUCAGUGUGUCCGGCCGUCCGUUUAUUCGAUAACUUUUGAAAGGAGAGUCAGAUCGCGAUGAAAUUUUCUACACAGAUCAGUCUUGACAAUAUCUCGUUUGAGUUCGAAGAUGAGAAGGAUCCGUCAAGAAAUGACUGAGUUAUCGAAAAAAUUGUGAUUUUUGACCAGACCAUCCCUGAGGGGGGGUACGGGGAUUUUUCGAAAAAAAUUUUUUGCUCAUAAUUAUUCACAAAAUACAUAAAUCGACUCAGCUUUUAACGCUGAUUCUGAAUCUGAUAUUAGUUUUGAACCGAAUCAUAGUUUUGUCUACUCAAAAAGUGAGUACACUAUAGAAUAGUCAGUGUGUCCGUCCGUCCGGUUGGCUGUUUACAUGAUAACUUUUGACAGCAGAGUCAGAUUGCGAUGAAACUUUCUACACAGCUUAGUAUUGACAAUAUCUCCGUCGAGUUCGAAGAUGAGAAGGAUCGGCCGAGUCGUUCCUGAGUUAUUUCAAAAAUACCCAUUUUUCUCUAUAGCUUUCUGUGGAAAAAUCGACACAUCGCCGCUUUCGUAAAAGACUUUUCCUAUCAUAGUCAAAUAAAACCCCAAUUAUUAUAUACCAUUCGAUAGAGAAUUUCAAGAGCUACAAAAUCAUAUAUAAAGCAUAGAGAAACAAGAAGGUUGACUCACCUAUGACAAGGAUAAUUAAAGAGAACUAGGUUAUAUUUUGGUCCACGAUUUAAUUGAUCCACAAAUCGAGCUCUAGCUUCCGAUCACACUGAUGAUACUUCGAGGUUUUCAGAUAUGGAGAACUCGAAUGUGUACUGCACUUCCAUCGAAAUACUAUUAGUUGUGCAGUGACCAAUAGAAAUGAAGUUAUAGGAAAAACGACUUUCUUAGGGUAAAUCAAGGGAAAGAGUUCAAACUUGAGCUGUAUUUGGCCCAUGUCCUAUUGGUUUGGCAACGCGCAAUAGAAAUCAACAUUAUAAAUGGUAGAUUUCACAGUAUAAUUUUGAUAUUCAGACAGUCUAGGAUGAUUGAUUUAUAUGAUUCACUUUUUGAAGUACACAUAACUCUCGGAUUUAAAUCCGAAGUUUCCGCAUUUAUUUUAUUUGCCACAUUGGAGUGAUAUGUGCAAAUAGAAGUUUCUUACUGUUCUAACGAACGAGCAACUAUCUGUAUAGUUGUUAGUCUCAGCAGAGAGUGUGCACAGGUGAAGUAAACACUAUUCUAUUUCGUCUUCUACGUGCUAUUAGAUGGUGAGAGAAAGAUGGGGGUCUAAACAAACCAGCCUCUCUUCUUAUGAAGAGACCAUAGCCCAUCAGGCUAGUCAUCAGCGACCGACACGGGUUAGGUCAGAGCUCGGGUUGGAUCAGCCAAUGGAAAACUUGUGAAGUUUAAAGUUCUUGUUUUUUUGAAGUUAGAUACAUUAGUUGCUUGUGUUUUUUUUUCGCAUUUCAUUUCCUUUUGAUGAGUAGUAUGCGCGGGAGUUCGACGGCAGAACAC